ACAUACAUACACACAUUCCUUUCUUCUUAUCUCUAUAUCGUCUGUGUACAUCAACUGAUUGUUUAAUAAAUCUCAUCACCGGGUGUGGGCUCUACAUUCGGAUCGUUGACCCGACGGAAAAAAGCCCCAAUGAACGAGGUGAUGACCGUCGCCGAUGCGACGUCGUCCAGCACCUUAAACACCUCCUCUUCGCCGGCCUCUCCAGCUUCUCUCCUCCCCGUGAACAUCCCUCUUCUCUCCGCUUUUCUCGCCUGCGCCAUCGCUCAAUUCCUCAAGCUCUUCACCACUUGGUAUAAGGAGAAGAGAUGGGACUCCAAAAAGAUGCUUGAUUCUGGUGGAAUGCCGUCUUCGCAUUCUUCCACUGUAAUGGCGCUUGUAGUGUCUGUUGGAUUACAAGAUGGAUCUGCCUCCCCUGCUUUUGCAAUCGCCGUUGUUUUAGCUUGUGUUGUUAUGUAUGAUGCAACCGGUGUUAGGCUUCAUGCUGGACGACAAGCUGAAUUGCUGAACCAAAUUGUGUGUGAAUUUCCUCCUGAACACCCUCUAUCGACAUCCAGACCGUUGCGCGAUUCUCUUGGGCACACACCACUUCAGGUUUUCGCUGGCGCUAUUCUAGGAUGCAUAGUAGGAUAUCUAAUGAACACCUCCACCUAGGGCACAUAUGUAUUGGUUCCUAAAACAGUUACUGUAUUCAGCUGAGAUAGAUUUGCCAUAGCUGCAUAGAAUAUCAAAGAGAAAGAAUGCAAAGUGUUCAAGAAUUUAUUUCACAUUUGUUAAGCUAUGGAUCAAUUUACCAGUAAUUCAUCUCUUGGAAACAAUUGUAGAAUUGUAUACAAACUUUUGUGUUUUCUAUUGGAAGAUUGCAUAUAUAGAAUAUACAUAAAUUCGUGUUUUGGAAGCUA